UCCACAAUGCAUUGCGUGUAACGUUGGUUGCUGUGGCUGCGGGCGGGAGAAGUUCUAAUUGCUGAGAUGAUUUUAAUAUUGGAACUCUAACACCGUCGGUUAUAUUCGAUGUCUGUGUUAAUGGACAGCCUCUCCAAUCCUCAACAUGAGAAAAACAACAGAAAACCAAGGAACACCCGGGAGGGACCUCGCACUCCAGCAGCGCUCCCUAUCCCAUUUCACAUCUUUUCACCACAAGACUCCAAUGAAGCCCUCUCAGCCUAACCGGCUUUCUCACCCACCAGCCAGGAGAGUGUUGCCACUUGAAGGCCCUGAGCUGUGCCACAAGGAGAGAUUGGGUCCACCUCAGCACUCUCCUCAUCCCCUGGGACCUAUCCAUUCAGCAGAGUUUAUUCGAGGCAUCAAAACUAGCGUUGGCACGCCAACAAAUAGUCCUUGUCACACAACAAAUGACAGACUUGGUCCUCCACAGCACUCUGCUCAACCCCCUGGGCCUUUCUGCUCAUCAAAUCUUGUUCCAGUUUGCCAUCCUGACAUUGAUACCUCAGCGAAUAGGCCACAGCCCUCGCCUUCCAUUAUCUUUCACCCUGCUUCCCCUCAAUUCAUGAAGGAUUUAAGCAACCACACCCCGUCUUUCCAACUCAUGAGAGAUCAAGUAACCGAACCCAAGGUCACGUCUUAUUCAGUAGCAGCAAAAAGUCAAGAAUCAAACAAGGCUCGAUCCAGCGAUGUGAGGAGUCCCAUACCUACUGCCCAGCUGCACAGGCCCCCUGUGACCCCAUCACUCUACACCAGAGCUGCUCAAGAAGUUUACCCACGGCCCCUCUCAGACUCAGAGCACUGGAGUCCUGGUUACAACCACUGGCCACGGGGCUACAAGCCUUCUCCGGGUACCCAAUCAUCUGACAGAAGUAGUGGUUCCAGUUUACCCCUUAUGCACAGCCCUGUAGCCCCUUGCCAGGACCAGCAACAUAAACGAACACCUUCAAGUGAAAAGUUAAUUCCAGCAGUGGACUUGAAUCGCUCAUCACGAAAGAGGCACAAGGAACUGGAGGACUGUGAUGACAAUGCCAAGAAACUGUCUCUUCAGGGUGCAAACUCUAUUAAAGUACAGACACCUAAACCCACCGUCGGCAACUUAGUCAGCAAAUCACUAGUGCCGUCACCGACGCAUUCUUCAGUCUCGGAACUGUUGCCCAAAACCACAGAUCUGUGCACGGAGCCAGCACGUGGACAGUCUACAUGCUUGGAACUGUCAUCUAAAUUUAAGCCCACCCAGUCAUCCUGUGCAUCACUGUCAUCCAAACUUUGCAUAAAGAGCCAACCAUCAAUGGGGGCAAAGCAGGCAUAUAUAAAAUUAAGUCAGAAUCAUAUUGUGAAGUUAAAAGAAUUCAAAUCACCCUUAACGCCUGUUGAAGAAAGUUUGAAGAGAAGAAGCGAGGAGAAUGAUAAAAGGAAUAAAUCAAGCACUUUGUUAUCCCCUGAGGUUCCCAAGAGGGACACUAGUAGCUUAUCUCAUGUUCAGAUAGGCAGCCACCACUCUGGUCAUACACACUGUGGUACCUCAGUCUUACAAGCCAAGACCCUGAGCAGAGGUAAUCAGGUUGAGGAGAGCAGAAAGAUGGACAAUAGCACUCCCAAAUCCACCUCAAAACCAAAUUCAGGUUCUCUGAGCUGUUGUAAGGUAAAACAGAAUAAAACUGCCCGCCCACGAAAACCUGUAGUAAUGCCUAAUGGUACAGAUGAGCUCUUCACCCCUGAUCCCAUAACUUAUGUAGUCAGUCCAGCAAAUAAGACUGAAAAGCUCAAGCUAGAUGGGGGAACAAUUAAAUCACCCACCUCAGAAAAAAGUUGUUCUUCCAGAACUGCAAUCAGCUCCAGUACUCCAGUUACUGGAUCCUCGUGUCACAACACGCAGAACUCCAAAGUAGGUGGUUCUCCUCAUGCAGUCGAAACCAAAGUCUCUUCCUCAGCACAUAACCCACAAAGACUCUUGCCAACUGUAGCUUUACAGCGGGUAAAACUUGAAAACAUAAUUCCCCUUUGCUCCAAAGACGGGGAACUCGAAAACAGUCCCAUCACUUCGUCAGUUAGGCAGCCUAAGGAAGAGAGUGUUAAAUCAGAUGAAAAACGCACAUCUCUCCACCCUUACACUGUGAUUUUAGAGACUGACACUGCUGCCUCGGAACAAACUUCCAUAUCCCACUGUUCUCUGUCUCCACCACUGGAGAGGCCGGCAAGUGCAGUGAGUAGAAAGCAGGUGAAUGAAGAGGAUCCCAUAGAUGUUGAACUGGACCUAGGCCUGAGCUUUGCAUUAGAUGUGGAUCUAACCCAGAGCUCUCAUAGCAGUGAGGAGGAGCAGCUGCUUUCCUUGCAGGAGAUGAUGGAGCGUGUUACCAAGCCUCCUGAUACACCAGAGAAGGGAGCCUUCUCAGAGCCUAGUACACCUGGACAUCACAGCAGUCAGUUCAAAACUCCAUUGCCAUCCACCACAAAGCCAGGCCUCUACAAGAACAACCUUGAUCAGAUGCUACAGGAAAUCAACACCAAUAAAAAAGCUAAAGAGAUUGAGACACAGCUUCUAACUGCAUGUAAAGAGGACCUGUUGAGAAUAGCUGAGUACGAGAAGGCUGAGGAGAACCAGAAGGAGGGCAUCUCCACCGAACAACAGGAAUUCCUGCAGCGCUACUCGCUGAUGUCCAAUGCAAUCAGGGAAGUGCCUCCAGGAGAAGUAGUGUUCAGCCUGGAGAAAUUUGGCCGAAUCUUCAACCAGGAUACACUGCAGCUUAGACAAUGCAUGGUCAAUCCUCAGGGGACAGCGCAGAAAACGCUUCUUUGGUCCAGUCCUGCUCAACUGAGAUUGCAUGUGAAUAUUGGAUUGUUGCAGGAAGCUUAUGACUGUCACUCACCCUGUCCAUCUCGGGUUACCCGUUUCCUAUUCAAGAUGAUGUCAGUCCAUAGUGAGAGGAUGGUAUCUGAAAAGAUACUACAGGCCCUCUGUGACAUCGCCUGCACUGCUGCUUAUCAGAUAGUGAAAAAUGGAAGUCAGCAGUUUAAAGUGUGGGUUCCCAGUUUGGCUGAUCUGACACUGGUCUUGAUGAAUAUGGGAGUUGCGUUUGUUACUCUCUUCCCUUUUGAGAAUCUGCAGCCUCCAUUCACAGAAGGAGAUUUGCUGGAGGAUGUCUAUAUUAAAAGUGAGAGCCCCUCCAGUAACAAGGAGCAGAGUACUUUCCCAGAACACAACUGCAACAACAUCUUGAAGUACCUGUCUUACUGUUUGGGUCUGUGUCCACGGGCGUACAGCGACGACGAGCUGCUGUUGCUGCUGACUGUGGUGGGAAGGAUGGGCUUGGACACACACCUCAUCCUCCAGUCCAAUGUGGAACUUUUCCCACUACAGUAUAAAAUUGUCAACAGCAUCAGGGACUGGGACACUAUGCUGCCCAGAAUCUGUCUGGCCCUUACUGAUCUGACAGCUGACCACCACAACAUGUGCCUGCUAGUUCAACUGCUGCCUGACAACACACGUGGAAAGCAGCUGCGCCGACAUCUGAGUCUGUCUAUGAUCUCUAAGCUGUUAGAUGGAAAUUGCACUUACAGACCUACAGAAAAAGAGUUUCAGCUCUCUAAGCUGAGUCCGUACCUUCCCUGUAUGCAACCCUCUACCCUCCUCCGGGGCAUGCUGAGCUCUUCCAGCAGGAGUCAGAAAGAUAAAGAAGAGGACAUGGCCACCCUAGACCAACAGUCCUACUACCUAUGCUAUAGCCUUCUUACCUUGGCAAAUGAAGCUUCCAAUUUUCAGUUCUUCCCAGCCCAUCAGAAGGAGCAGCUGCUGCGUCUGUGCUCUGAGCUGGAAACACAUGUUAAGUGUGACAUCAGAGAAAGCGAGAAAUGUCUCUACCGGAGCAAGGUAAAGGAUCUAGUGGCCAGGAUCUACACCAAGUGGCAGAUGCUGCUUCAGAGGACCAGGCCUCUCCAUGGCAAGCUGUAUGAUUAUUGGCAACCUCGGCCUGUGGAUACAUUGAUCAGUAGCCAACAAGAGUACAAUAUGGAUAACGAUGGAGAGGGCACCGUGAUGGAGGAGGUUGAACAAGAAGAGGAAACCAGUGAAACUGAAGAGAAUGAAGCUGUAAUGAUUGCUGAGGAUGAGGGGGAGGAGAAAGAAGAGGAGGCAGAAGAGCAGGAAAUGAAACUGGGUGUCAAGCUAGGAGAAACAGGAGGAGAAGUUCCAAUGGAUGACAAAAAUAAAACAAAAGAGGCAAUAGAACCAGUGCCUGGGGAUUUGAGCCAAGAGAUGCCAGAGAAGGAGCCUGAAGUACACGAGGAGUCUCACAUGAUGGAUGAGCAUAUAGAGGCUGGUAACACAGAGUGUACUAAGGUGGAGACUGAGAAUAUGGUUGUGACAAGACAAACUUCUCCCCAUAACCAGGUAGGGGCAUGUGAUUUAGUGUCAUAGAAUGUUUUGUUUUCAGUGCUUUAAUAGCUAUUGCCUUAAUAUUAAGCUCAUUUGCACUAUUUUCCUGCCCUCCUCCAUCCCUAACCCUUGAGUUUCAUUGUUAAUACAAACAGUAAUUGUAUAUUUUUGAAUGAAAAACAUUUUAGAAGUGAUUGCAAAGUUUGUUAAGCCUUGUCUACUCUUUAGCUAGUGCUGCAAAACACACAAAAUAUUGAUUUAAUGUACGUAUAUUUUGGAAAAUAACUUGAUAUCAAAAUGGCAUGUAAAUUACUUGUCGCUGUACCACUGUUUUCAGUUAUUCAGUUGUGUAAAAAUGCAGUUCGUACGUGUGUUACAUACUUCAGUUUAGUACCUACCACAACCUGUGUUUAUUUUUGGGGACAUUUUUACAUCCAUCUCUUCCAGCUAUGUUCAUUUGUUAAAAAUAGUUGAUUUAUUAGUGUCAACGUUUGUUUCACCCAGUCUGGGUAACUGAGAAGCUGACUGAAUGUACCGUAUGUGUGGUAUUAUUCUGAGAAAUCAUCCUCAGCUGGAAACAGGCCAAAAUGUUUUUUUUUGUUUUGUUUUUGGUUUUUUUUCCUCCAGGAAGUUAGAAUAACUGCUUCAUGUUUCCCUUGCUCCCCACUGGUUUAUUUAUUUUUCAGUGUUGGCAGUGUCUGGGACAUGAAACAUUGUCAUGAACAUUUGCCGUCUUUAGUUACAGUAAAACUAAUUGCUAUGCAAUGUUCAAAAUCUACUCAGUUUAAAUACAGCAGCUAGUACUCAGGUUUCUCAGCCCUUAUUUUGUUACCUACUGUAUUUAUUGUAAAACUGCAGUGGGCCAUUUUCACAGCAAACUGGCCAUAGUGGGAAAAGCACUGGUGUUUCUAAUAACAUUAAUGAUGACUCCGUUUGACUCAGUGUGACAGUCAGCCAGCACACACAAUACCAAGACCCCGAAACUGAAGCCGCUAAAUGGAAUGCAGCCAUCAUUCAUUUUAUUAUUUACACCUGUUCUUUUCCUACUGUGACAUGUACAUUUUUUUCAGUGAAAAAGAUCUAUUAAAUGAACUUUGUCAAUUAUUUCAAGACACAUAUUUUCUUGUUUGUUGAUUUAUUGUCAAAAUUUUACUGUAAGGAAUUUGUGUUGUGUGUGCAUGUUUGUUUAUUUUUUUUAAUGGUUAAAAAUACUUUUAAUAGCCGAUGCCAACUACAGAAAAUAAACUUUAUUAACAUGUUAACAGAAUUCUUUGUUGCCUUUUUAAAGCAUCUCAGCCAAAA